GGAUUUAAAGUGUUCCAGGACUGGAUGUUCCGCUAGUCUUCCUCUCCCCUCCCUCCUGCCCCUCCCCCUCUCCUCCCUCCCUUCCCUUAGAGUCGGGGGACUGCAGGGUGGAAGGGAGCGCUUACCCACGGGAAGAAUAGAGCGGAAUUGCCAGGCUGCCUACACUUAGUUCUCAGCUUUCCUUCCUCAUCCCUCAAGCCACUCCCUGGGCCUGAAGCACCAGCCCAAUGUGAAACACCCCCUCCCUCUUUGAAGAAGGCUGGCUGGCCAGGGGGUUUAUUUUGGGAGCAGCUUCUGAAAUCCAAUGGCCUUGUUAGGGCAACACUGACCUUUCCGUCGGAGGAGGAGGGCAGGAUUGGAGAAGGGGCGGAGCAGCGACGGGGAGACCGACAGCCCCACACGCCCACUGGGUGGAGGAGAAGGGGGCCAGCAGGGCUGGAGUUCAGCCUCAGGCUGGGGGUCUGUCACCGAGGGGGAUUCCCCCUCUUUGAGCCGGACUGGGGGCCCUCCGCCUCACGCCUUUUACUGUGCUUCUUAAAGGGAUCACACCGUUUUUCCUUUGACUCCAUGGAAGCCAGACUUGGGACGCUUGGGGGACUUUGAAUCUUUCUUUCCUGCUUCCUUCCCAGCUGGCUGCCUGCCUCUGGCUCACUGGGGGGCCUCUCAGACAUGGCACUGACCAGCCGGCCCAGUGCUGACUUGGCUCCUGGGCUCUCUCAGCCUUUGGUGGCGGCUCGCUGCUGUCCCCCUCCUGGGGCGCCGUGGUGAGUCCGGGGGCCCAGCCCCCAGCACGCCUGGAGAGUGUUGCUGGCACCCCUGCCGCCGUCCCCACCUAAGCUGGAGAACUGGGAGGUGGUCGGUGGCUAUGAUGAGAUGAGCGGGGGCCGCUUUGACUUUGAUGAUGGCGGGGCCUACUGCGGGGGCUGGGAGGGGGGCAAGGCCCAUGGGCAUGGGCUGUGCACAGGCCCCAAGGGCCAGGGCGAGUACUCAGGCUCCUGGAACUUUGGCUUUGAGGUGGCAGGCGUGUACACCUGGCCCAGCGGGAACACCUUUGAGGGGUACUGGAGCCAGGGCAAGCGGCACGGUCUGGGCAUAGAGACCAAGGGGCACUGGCUCUACAAGGGCGAGUGGACACAUGGCUUCAAGGGACGCUACGGCACUCGGCAGAGCACCAGCAGCGGUGCCAAGUAUGAGGGCACCUGGAACAAUGGCCUGCAGGACGGCUACGGCACAGAGACCUAUGCAGAUGGAGGGACUUACCAAGGCCAGUUCACCAACGGCAUGCGCCACGGCUACGGCGUGCGCCAGAGCGUGCCCUACGGGAUGGCCGUGGUGGUGCGCUCGCCGCUGCGCACGUCGCUGUCGUCCCUCCGCAGCGAGCACAGCAACGGCACGGUGGCCCCGGACUCGCCCACCUCGCCGGCCUCGGACGGCCCAGCGCUGCCCUUGCCCGCCAUCCCGCGCAGCGGCUUUGCGCUCAGUCUCCUGGCCAACGCCGAGGCGGCCGCCCGGGCAGCCAAGAGCGGCGGCCUCUUUCAGCGGGGCGCCCUGCUGGGCAAGCUGCGGCGCGCCGAGUCGCGCACGUCACUGGGCAGUCAACGCAGCCGUGUCAGCUUCCUCAAGAGCGACCACAGCUCGGGCGCCAGCGACGCAGCGUCCACUGCGAGCCUGGGCGAUGGUGCCGAGGGCGCCGACGAGGCCGCGCCCUUCGAGGCCGACAUCGACGCCACUACCACCGAGACCUACAUGGGCGAGUGGAAGAAUGACAAGCGCUCGGGCUUCGGCGUGAGCGAGCGCUCCAGCGGCCUCCGUUACGAAGGCGAGUGGCUGGACAACCUGCGCCACGGCUACGGCUGCACCACGCUACCCGACGGCCACCGCGAGGAGGGCAAGUACCGCCACAACGUGCUGGUCAAGGGCACUAAGCGCCGCGUGCUGCAGCUGAAGAGCAACAAGGUCCGCCAGAAGGUGGACCACAGUGUGGAGGGCGCCCAGCGAGCAGCCGCAAUAGCGCGCCAGAAGGCAGAGAUUGCAGCUUCCAGGACAAGCCACUCCAGGGCCAAAGCAGAGGCAGCAGAACAGGCCGCCCAGGCCGCCAACCAAGAGUCCAACAUCGCCCGCAUGUUGGCCAGGGAGCUGGCUCCAGACUUCUACCAGCCAGGUCCGGAAUAUCAGAAGCGCCGGCUGCUCCAGGAGAUCCUGGAGAACUCGGAGAGCCUGCUGGAGCCUUCCGACCGGGGUCCCGGCGCCGUGGGGCUCCUGAAGCCGCCCCGCGAGAGCCCGCAGCUGCAUGAGUGCGAGACCCCGCGGCCCGAGGGUGGCCCCCCGUCCCCGGCAGGGACUCCCCCGCAGCCCAAACGGCCCAGGCCGGGAGCGCCCAAGGACGGCCUGCUGAGUCCGGGCGCCUGGAACAGCGAACCGGGGGGCGAGGGCAGCCGCAGCCCGGCACGCCCAGCCACCGAGCACAUGGCCAUUGAGGCGCUGCAGGCGCCGCCCGCGCCAUCGCCGGAGCCCGAGGUGGCGCUUUACCGCGGCUACCACAGCUACGCGGUGCGUACCAGGCCGCCUGCGCCACCGUCCUUUGAGGACGAGCCCGAGGUCUCCGGGUCCGACUCGGCACCCUCGUCCCCGGCCCCCGGCCCCGCACAGGCCCCCACGCCCCGGGACCCCGAGUCCGAGCCGCCCGCCAAGCUGGAGCCCAAGCCCAUCGUCCCCAAGGCUAAGGCCCGAAAGACGGAGGCCCGAGGGCUGACCAAGGCCAAGAAGAAGCCUCGGAAGGAGGCAGCGCUGGCGGCAGAGCCCGAGAUCGAAGUGGAAGAGGUCCCCAACACUGUCCUCAUCUGCAUGGUGAUCCUACUUAACAUCGGCCUGGCCAUCCUCUUCGUUCACCUCCUGACCUGACCCUCGUCUGCCAG